CGCAAAACAAACUAACCUGACCUUACAAUGAUAACUGUACUGACUCUAGUAUGUCUUUAUUUAUUGGGCGGCCAGGCAUCGGGGAAGAAAUUUGCACACUCCCAGCAUCUGCAUCAUGAUUACUUACUGGAAUGGAAUUAUGACAAUGAAAGUAUCACAAUGCGGCUGACUGCGGAAACAACGUCAUGGAUUGGACUUGGACUUUCACCAAAAUAUGAAAUGGCUGGCGCCGAUAUCAUAAUGGGAGGGGUUAAGCACGAUAAAGGCUACAUACUGGAUGCACAUGCAUUGAAGGCCGGACCACCUAUUGUAGAUGAAUCGCAAGAUGUAACAUUACUAGAUUCAAGUCAAAUUGAUGGUAUCACGUCGUUGACAAUAAAAAGAAAGUUGAAGAUUGAUGAUCAAUUUAACAGAGAUAUUAAGGUUGGAGAGAUGGGAGUAAUAUGGGCAUACGGAUUCAUGGAUAUAAACGAAGAACCAGAAUAUUACGAUUACCACUGGUGGAGACGAGGUGAAGCACAAGUGAAUUUUAUAACAAAUUUGAAUGAAGCAGAAAAAGACUUUGAAUAUUCGGUUAAACUGUAUGAUGACGAAGACGAUGAAGAUGACGUCACAUUAGCGUGGUAUCAUUCAGAAGAUGAAAUUACAUUCAAAUAUACAGCACCGACAAGUGGUUGGAUUGGUUUUGGAUUUUCACCAGGAGGGUCAAUGGCAGGAGCUGAUAUCAUAAUUGGUGGCGUUCGUCGUGACAAAAGAUAUUUGUUCGAUUCAUACGCAACAAAAAAUGGGUCUCCUAAAGUUGACAAUUUACAAGAUGUCGAGCUGGUGAAAUUGAAUCAAGAUAAUUAUUUCACAACAAUGAUUGUACGACGAAAACUCAAAACAUCGGAUGCCAAGGACAUGGAUAUAACACAUGGUAAAAUGAACAUCAUUUGGGCAUAUGGUACAUAUGAUAUUUACAGUCAUCCAGGCAAAUUUAGCUAUCAUUUAUGGAACAGAGGAACAAAGAAAGUGGAGCUUCUACGAAAUAAAAUGAUUCCCACAUACAUCCCAGAACCAGGUAUGCCUGAAGAAGAAACGUCAUCGUUUACCCCAGAAACAACUUCAGAAUCUGAACCGACUCCGAGAACACGAGAACCAAGUAUCGUGAUAGAUCAAGCAAGAGGAACAGUUGCAUUAGAUUCCGAAGGCGAAGUACAAUUUUUCUGGAGUCAAGACAGCGAAAACAUAAUCAUUGCGAUAAGUGCGCCAACAGCAGGAUGGAUUGGUGUUGGAUUUUCUUCAGGGCCAACAAUGGCCGGAGCUGAUUUAGUAAUAGCGGGAUUAGGAGACGAUAACGAAGGAUAUAUUUUGGAUGCCCAUGCCACUGAAAAUGGAACACCGGUGGCAGAUGUCUCUCAAGAUGUCACACUUCUAAUGGCUUCACAGAAUAACACUUCAACCAGAGUCAUGUUUGAAAGAAAAAUGACCGCCCCAGAUUCUUACGACUUUGCAAUAACGUCAGGGGAAAUUUAUGUUUUAUGGGCGUAUGGAACAGACGAUCCUGUUGGAAAUCCAACGGUAGAUAACUAUCACGGAACUAACCGAGGUGCUAAGAAGAUGGUGUUACGACCCACAUCUAUGGAUUGGCCAUAAAACUUUCCAGUGAUUUUGAUCUUUCUUGUAGCUCUGUAAAUAUGAACCAUGUACUUACUAUUCGGUGAUGCUGAAUUGUUGUCAUAUAAAUAGGAAUAAAUCAGUGAAUGUUUUUUUUAUUGUUUUGGUCUUAAUGAAAUAAAUCUCAAUGUACUGUA